UUCCCCUCGUCCGGUGUUUAAACUGCUGCUGUUUUAUCCUGUUACAAACCUGCUUUUUUAUUUAUUUAACUCAGACCGGAAGUGGCUGCGCGCUGUCGCUAGCUUGACAGAGUUGCGCGGUAACAAGUGCUGCGGUGUGUAAGAAGUCAGCAUGGCAGCGUGCACUGGACCCACUGUUCAAUUAGCGAGGCUUCUAUUUCUGUUUACUGCUGCUUUGUUGCUCCUCUCCAGCUGGGUCACCGCCAACACGAACGCACGGCCGGACGGGGGCUUCACAAAUGCGGGCAGGAGCACAGCGCUCCCCGGCGAAGCUCCAAGAAGCUCUGCAGAAAGUUCACCGCCUCACUCCGAGGAUGCUCCAAGCGAGGGAAAAGGUAUUUUGCUAUUAGAAAAGAGGCCCGCCAGGAGCCUUACGGGAGCCCACAAGUCCAAAAGUGUCGUUAGGAAGCCGACAGUCUUCAGCAGAAAACCAAAGGUGGUGAAGAAAUCCAAACCCGUGGUCAGAAAAGGUGUGAGCCCGUCUGUUGCCAAGGAGACGGCGACAGACUGUCCUCCUCUGGGUCUGGAGUCACUUAAGGUCAAGGACACUCAGCUGAGGGCCUCGUCCUACAAGCGCCGAGGUCUGGGCCCGCACCGCGCUCGCCUCAACAUCCAGUCGGGCAUCGAGGACGGCGACAUCUACGACGGCGCCUGGUGCGCCCACGAGCGCGACAGGAAGCAGUGGCUGGAGGUGGACGCCCUGCGCUUGACCCGCUUUACCGGCGUCAUCCUGCAGGGGCGCAACUCCAUCUGGAGCUGGGACGUGGUCCACUCCUACAAGGUGCUCCUCAGCAACGACUCGCUGGCGUGGACGCCGUGCAUGAACGGCUCAGAAGAGGCGGUCUUUGAAGGCAACACGGACGCGGAGACGCCGGUCCUGGCUCUCCUGGAGCACGCCGGGUCCACGGUGGCGCGCUACAUCCGCAUCAACCCCCAGACGUGGUACCAGAACGGCACGCAGGGGAGCAUCUGCCUGAGGGCGGAGGUGCUGGGCUGCACGCUUCCAGACCCGCACGCCGCGCACGCCGCCUCAGACAAACUGGACUUCCGUCACCAUGACUACAAAGACAUGAGGAAGCUGAUGAGAGCGGUCAACGAGGCGUGUCCCGACAUCACGCGCGUCUACAGCAUCGGGAAGAGCUACACGGGCCUCCAGCUGGUCGCCAUGGAGAUCUCGGAUAACCCGGGAAAACACGAGCUGGGAGAACCCGAAUUCCGCUACGUGGCCGGGAUGCACGGGAACGAGGUCCUGGGCCGGGAGCUGCUUCUCAGCCUGAUGCAGUACAUGUGCCGGGAGUACAAGAAGGGCAACCAGCGCGUGGUGCGUCUGGUCCAGGAGACGCGCGUCCAUCUCCUGCCCUCCAUGAACCCCGACGGCUACGAGAUGGCCUUCAAAAAGGGCUCCGAGCUGUCCGGCUGGGCUCUGGGUCGUUACAGCUACGAGGGCAUCGACAUGAACCACAACUUCGCUGACCUCAACUCCGUCAUGUGGACCGCCAUAGAGCUGGAGACGGACCGCUCCAAGCUCAUCAACCACUUCUUCGCCAUCCCCGAGCAGUACGCCUCCGAGGACGCCUUUGUGGCGUCGGAGACCCGCGCCGUCAUCGACUGGAUGCAGAACAUCCCCUUUGUUCUCGGCGCCAACCUGCACGGAGGAGAGCUGGUGGUCACGUACCCGUUUGACAUGACCCGCGACUGGGCGCCCCAGGAGCACACGCCCACCCCCGACGACAGCUUCUUCCGCUGGCUGGCCACCGCCUACGCCAGCACCAAUCAGGUGAUGUCCAACCCCGACCGCAGGCCGUGCCACAACAAGGACUUCAUCAGGUACAACAACAUCAUCAACGGCGCCGCCUGGCACAACGUACCCGGAAGCAUGAAUGACUUCAGCUACCUGCACACCAACUGCUUCGAGGUGACGGUGGAGUUGUCCUGUGACAAGUUCCCCCACACCAGCGAGCUUCCUGCGGAGUGGGAGAACAACCGGGAGUCUCUGCUGGUCUACGUGGAGCAGGUGCACCGCGGAAUCAAAGGCGUGGUCCGCGACAAAGACACGGACGCCGGAAUCUCGGACGCCGUCAUCAAAGUGGACGACAUCGAUCAUCACAUCCGAUCAGCUGCCGACGGCGACUAUUGGCGCCUGCUCAAUCCCGGCGAGUACAGGGUGACGGCGAGCGCCGAGGGCUACCUCCCGUCCUCCCGCACCUGCCAGGUCAUGUACGACUACUUCCCCACCAUCUGCGACUUCCGCCUGGCCAAGGUGCCCGAACCGCGCGUCAGGGAGAUUUUGGAAAAAGGCGGCAAACUGCCCAAAGACCUGCAGCUGCGCCUGCGUCGGCUGCGUCUGCGCAAGCUCCGCCUCUCCGGCAAGGCCAUCUAUCGGCGUCGCGCCGCCGCUGCGUCCGCUAAACGAGCCAAGAGGGUAUGA